AUGUUCUCAUCGACCAUCGUCUCCGUGCUUGCCGUCUUGUCCCUGACCUCGGUCAUCGACGCCGCCGCCAUCCAUUCAACGCGAGGUGGCGCGAUCCAGCGCCGUGCCACCAAAAUCACCACUUGCCGUGGUACGGGUGAAUACCCUAUCCCUCAAAGCAACCAAUGCAAACCUUGCUCGUUCAAGUUCCCUGGCGCGUCGACUUGCUCAGCCACUGCCGCUUUGCGAUGGUGAGUGCUCGAAAUUUCUCAUCCGACCAGGACUUUGCUCCGACGUUCAUGGUAGGACCCAGAAACUUAAUUUGCGAUCUGCUACUAUCCCAUUCUUUCUCACCCUGUCCCAGCCGAACUGGUUAUCUCUCCGCUGGGCUUUGCAAGUUUUCUGCCUCGGAUUGACUGCGCGACGCUUUCAGGGCCCGCGAGCAAAACAGCUGACAAUCGCGACACCUCGUUAUCUCUCUCUAUCUCAGGUGUGACAACCUGCCCGGCUAGUACCUUCAACGGAAACGGUGAAUGCGUGGCUUGUUCGAGCAAGUUUCCCGGUGCCGCAACGUGCACCUCGUCGGCCGCUACCAAGUGGUCAGUCUUAUGGACGGUGCUCACAGCGACACACCACUCAAAAUUGGAUUCUGAACUCGAGCUUCAUUUCCACAGCAACACUGGAUUCCUUUCCUCUGGAAAGUGCGCGAGUGUGUGCCCUACUGGCUUCGUCAACGCCCCCAGUACCCGCACUUGUGUCCCUUGCAACCGUUUCGACAGCCUGGCCCUCACUUGCAGCGGCGGCAAGAUCGCCACCUGCGCCGCAGGAGCUUAUGUGAGUUCUCACCUGCGCGCGCGCCGAGCUUGGUAAUGAGGCACCAGAUCUGACUUCGUUGCCGAUACCUUACCAUUCACAGCUCAACUCGGCCCAAAACGACUGCAUUGCUUGCACGUCCGUCAACCGCUUCGCUACCGCCUGCUCCAGCGCUUCGGUUGUCACCGCCUGCUCGUAAGUGACUAUCCGCUCCUCAAUCCGGCUUCCUCGUACCAGUGAGAUUGACACAUAUCAUUCUUGCUCCUCAACCACAGUGCUCCCUACACCGUGUCCGCUAACAAGAAGACUUGUGUUCUGGGCUCUGGAUGGUCGUACUACCUCGCUUCGUCAAUCCCCGAUGUCCCCUUUGAUUCGAAUGCCCAGACCCUCGUCAUCUGCGGUCGUGGCGCAGUCAGCGAAGGUUCCCAGGUCGCCGUUUUCGAUUCCAACUCGUUGACCUGCUUCUCGACUUCGGCUUCACCAUCCACCGAGCUGCCCGAGCUAGUUUGGGACACCGACUCGACCGUCAUGGUACUCGGCUCAUGCAAGACCAACAACGCCAUCAUGCCCGCUGCCAAGUCCCGAUGCCGCGAUGUCACUCUUACCGCCUCUUCGUGCACCUUGACCGCCGACAAGUCCGCUUGCUCCGACCUCUUCACGACUUGCUCCGGUUCGCAGUUCCGCAACGUUGGUGAGUCCGGUUUUGUCCGCGAUCCUGUUCGCUACUUUCUCGAGGCUAAACUGACAAUUUGCACUACUCGCCGGUCCUUUCCCAGAUGGUGUAUGCCAAGAAUGCGCCACCGCGUACCAAGACGCACUCACUUGCGACAUCUUCAGCGGCGCGACGACUUGCAUCGACGGUGACUACCUCAACAACGGCACGUGCGCGUCCUGCUCGACGUUCGAUCCCAACGCCGCUAGCUGCGCCGCGAACGGUACCCUCAGCGCUUGCAACAACGGUUGGGUUUUGUCGAACAAUACUUGUACCGUCGACACCUCGGCCGCAGCUACCGUUCUUGACAACUCGUGGUCUUACUACCCCGAUUCGUUGAUCAGCCCGCUCACGGUCCUCAACAACAACUCGGCCGACCAGUACGACUGCGUCGAGGCCGUUUACGCGGCCAACUUCACCCUCGCUGCGUUUGACCCUACGAGCAACAACUGCUAUGCCACCAACGCCUCGACCAACAUCACCGAAUCCAUCACUGAUGUCUCCGGCGCGAGUGUGUUCGUCAUUGAUACGUGCGCUGCCAACCAAGCCAAUGGUGAGUUUUGCAACCUCUGCUAGAGGGAUCUCCUUUUAACGAUCAGAAUUUGACCCGAUCCUCUUCGCUCCGCUCUACCCAGUUCCUUCGGACCAAAGUAACGCUUGCUACGACGUCACGAUCGAUGACCAAUCGUGCCAAGUCAACGGCCAGCCCUGCUCGUAA